GAUCACAACCACAGCUGCAUGUAUGAUGGAUCUUCGAAGAUAUCCUCUGGAUGAGCAAAACUGCACCCUGGAGAUAGAAAGUUACGGCUACACCACUGACGACAUCGAGUUCUACUGGAACGGAGGAGAGGGAGCAGUGACCGGCGUCAACAAAAUUGAGCUUCCGCAGUUUUCCAUUGUUGACUACAAGAUGGUGUCCAAGAAGGUGGAGUUCACAACAGGGGCAUAUCCACGACUGUCACUAAGUUUUCGCCUAAAGAGAAACAUUGGAUACUUCAUUUUGCAGACCUACAUGCCUUCUACCCUGAUUACAAUCCUGUCCUGGGUGUCUUUCUGGAUCAACUACGACGCAUCUGCAGCCAGAGUUGCACUAGGUAAUGCGUUCCUGGCACCGCGGAGAGAACGACGGGUUUGGCUUUCAAACAAAUACCCAAUAUUACAAAUUACAGAAAAGGGCCCUCAGGUAGCAAGCGAAAGCAUUAGAUUACCAUAAGAGCCCAA